AUUUGGUAGCCAAUCACACACGACAACACAGUGUCUUUGAAAGAUUGGCGGUCGAAGCAGACAACAGUGUGCCGUUUGCUUUCAGAAUUAUCGUACUAACGUUUUGUUUUAUUUAACAUAAAACUAAAUACUUCAGUAUGAUGCAGAAUAAGGAGAAUCGUGAUCCUAAAGGGCUACAUAGACCGAUGGCAACUCCAAUGGUUUCUGUGGGUCCUCAGCGAGUUCAAAUGCCGUCUGCCUCAGAGGCCACAGACAAAAACGCAAUUACAGGUCCUGGGAGAGCGCUUGCCACCUCUUCAUCCAGUGCAGCUCCAGCAAAGAAAUUCACCAUCAAUGACUUUGACAUUGGGCGGCCACUCGGAAAAGGCAAGUUUGGGAAUGUUUACCUGGCCCGGGAUAAGAAGCUGGACUUCAUCGUGGCGCUGAAGGUGCUCUUCAAGUCUCAGAUGGAGAAAGAGGGCGUGGAGCACCAGCUCAGGAGGGAGAUCGAGAUUCAGUCCCACCUUAGACACCCCAACAUCCUGCGCUUCUACAACUACUUCCAUGACCGCACCAGGGUCUUCCUGAUCCUGGAGUACGCACCACGGGGGGAGAUGUACAAAGAGCUGCAGAAAUGUGGUCGCUUUGAUGACCAGCGCACUGCUACAUACAUGGAGGAGUUGUCUGAUGCGCUGCAGUACUGCCAUGAGAGGAAGGUCAUCCAUCGGGACAUCAAGCCUGAGAACCUGUUGCUGGGACUCCGAGGGGAGCUGAAGAUAGCAGACUUUGGCUGGUCUGUCCACGCACCUUCCCUACGGCGCCAAACAAUGUGUGGAACACUGGACUACCUGCCCCCAGAGAUGAUUGAGGGAAAGGCCCACGAUGAGAAGGUGGACCUGUGGUGCAUCGGGGUGCUCUGCUUUGAGUGCCUAGUUGGAAACCCCCCCUUUGAAACCGCCAGCCACUCGGAAACGUACAAGCGCAUCACAAAGGUGGACCUGCAGUUCCCCAAGGUGGUGUCUGACGGGGCUCGGGACCUGAUCUCUAAGCUGCUCCGCCACAGCCCCUCCAUGCGGCUGCCGCUGCAGAGUGUAAUUGACCACCCCUGGGUGAAAAACAACUCACGGCGGGUCCUACCUCCCGCCUUCGCUCCCAAGAAACCCUAAAAGCAUCAUAGACAAAUUAUAUAUAUUCACUGUUCCAGUCUGCCUUCUACCUGAGUGAGGGACUGACUCGUGCCCUGCUGAUUGGGAGGGAAUGUGGCGAUGGAUACCUUAUUUUUAUAUUUAUUAUUUUUUUGCUCCACUUUCAAGGGUUUCACACUGUGUUUUUGUUUUGUUACCCGGACAAUCUUCAUCCACAAGGUUUAAAAGGGUAUUUUAACUUUUAAUUUCUCUGAUUUAUAAGAUCUCCAGAUCUGUCAAACUAGAUCAGGGUUUCCCAAACUCGGUCCUGGGGCCCCCUCUGGGUGCACGUUUUGGUUUUUGACCUAGCACUACACAGCUGAUUUGAAAUAAUGAAAGCUUGACGAGUUGGUUAUUUGAAUCAGCUGUGUAGUGUUAGGGCAAAAAUAAAAACUUGAAGGCCAUUAAGAAUAAGGAUGAAUCCUUUAUAAUUCUUAAAUGUAUUUCAAGAAAAGUAUUUCGUUUAUUUGUUUCCUAUCUCCUUUUUUCGGAUUGUUUUUGUACAGCAUGUAUGAAACGUCCUCUAUAAAGUUUGUAUCUGUGAAAUGUCCUUGUGCAACUGUUUCUGAAAUAAAAAUCAUCCCAAAGGUGAGGGAACCCUGAA